UCCCAUUGCCUGUAAAUUUUAAGCGUAAAAUAUUCCUAUCAUCCAAUGGCUUAGGAUAAGAAACAUGGCGGCGACAGACCAAAUGAGCAAAAAUCAUUUUCCGGGUCUGAACCUUAAACCUCUCUAAGAGUAAGCUUUCUUUCAUUUAAUCUGUCGGUAUAUUUUUUUUCAUAAAUAUAGUUUCGUACCGUGAACAACGGAGCAUAUACAUUUUUGUGGAGAUUAAAUUGGCUGAAAAUGGAAUUAAUGAUGUCAGCAAGAAAAACCCAUGAAAACUUUUGCUUAUUUCAUCAUCCUAUUCGCAAGCAGAGCUUGAUUAAGCAUAGAAUUAAAAUUUGUUGUUCCAACUUUGUUUCGGAGAAACCGAAAAUUGAUGGGUCUAGGAAAAGACGGAGAAAUCGGGUGUUGGCUGUUUCAAAGACUGAAACUCGUGGUACAAAUGGUAGGUUAAGGUUGUCGAAUAUGGAAAAAAAUCCACAAGGUCAAGGGAAUUCGAAUCAAAAUUUUGAGGAAUUUGAGAGUAAUAACUAUCUUCUCCGGUUGGUAAGGAAUGGGGAGUUGGAGGAAGGGUUUAGACACCUCGAAAACAUGGUUUACAGGGGUGACAUUCCCGAUAUUAUCCCGUGCACUAGUUUGAUUCGUGGGUUUUGUAGAAUUGGAAAGACUAAGAAAGCUACUAGAAUCAUGGAGAUUCUUGAAGAGUCCGGAGCUGUUCCUGAUGUUAUAACUUAUAACGUGUUGAUUAGUGGGUAUUGUAAGUCGGGGGAGAUUGAUAAUGCAUUGAGAGUCUUGGACCGAAUGAGCGUUGCCCCGGAUGUGGUCACAUACAAUACGAUUUUGCGUACUUUAUGUGAUAGUGGGAAGUUGAAACAAGCUAUGAAGGUUCUUGAUCAGCAGCUGCAGAAGGAGUGUUAUCCUGAUGUGAUAACCUACACGAUUUUGAUUGAAGCCACUUGUAAGGAAAGUGGGGUGGGACAGGCGAUGAAGCUCUUGGAUGAAAUGGGGAUUAAAGGUUGUAAGCCUGAUGUGGUUACUUACAAUGUUCUUAUCAACGGAAUUUGCAAGGAAGGCAGAUUGGACGAUGCAAUUAAGUUCUUGAAUGACAUGCCUUCCUACGGUUGCCAACCUAAUGUAAUCACACAUAACAUCAUUUUGCGAAGUAUGUGUAGUACAGGGAGGUGGAUGGAUGCUGAGAAACUUUUGGCGGAGAUGCUUAGAAAAGGGUGUUCACCAAGUGUUGUCACCUUUAACAUCUUGAUUAAUUUCUUGUGUAGGAGAGGAUUACUUGGCCGAGCAAUUGAUAUUUUGGAGAAGAUGCCUAAACACGGUUGUACGCCAAAUUCCUUGAGUUACAAUCCAUUGCUUCACGGGUUCUGUAAGGAAAAGAAGAUGGAUAGGGCGAUUGAGUAUCUUGAGGUAAUGGUAUCCCGGGGGUGUUACCCCGAUAUUGUGACCUAUAAUACACUGCUUACAGCUUUAUGUAAAGAAGGGAAGGUUGAUAUCGCAGUUGAGAUACUUGAUCAGCUAAAUAGCAAAGACUGUUCUCCUGUUUUGAUCACCUACAAUACAGUGAUUGAUGGGCUGUCGAAGAUGGGAAGAACUGAACGUGCUAUACAGCUAUUGGGCGAAAUGCGGGACAAAGGGCUCCGACCUGAUAUCAUCACCUACUCAUCGCUUGUGGGAGGACUUAGUAGAGAAGGAAAGAUUGAUGAAGCUAUCAAAUUCUUCCAUGAUAUCGAACAAAGAGGUGUCAGGCCCAAUGCUAUCACAUAUAAUGCAAUCAUGUUGUGGCUUUGCAAGGCUCGUAAAACAGAUCAUGCCAUUGAUUUCUUGGCUUAUAUGGUAUCGAAGGGAUGCAAACCUACUGAAUCUACAUACACAAUUCUGAUCGAAGGCAUUGCUUAUGAAGGGUUGGCGAAGGAGGCUUUGGAGUUAUUGAAUGAGUUGUGUACUAGAGGAGUGGUAAAGAAAAGUUCAGUUGAACAGGUAUCCUUCAAAAUAUAGCUUUCACUAGACAACUUUCUGGUGUCGAGAACUCAUCGGUUUAAUUUGUUGGUGGUGUUGUAAUGUGAAUUGAAUUGUGUCUGAAGAGUCGAGCUUUUUGCUUUCGCUUACGAGCCUUUUGUUACUUUCCUAGCGAAGGGGCCGUCGCCCCGCCCCCCCGCCCCAAGCAGUUUUGCUCUUUCCUGUAUUUCAUUGUUAGAUUUUGUUGUUAGCUUGGGUUAUUUCUUGAAUAUCUUGGUUUUUGUUAGUUAUUUUGGCCGCAGCCAAUGAUGUGAAAACACGAGAUAUAGAGAAAUGGUAAAACUCUAUAGAUUAACAUUGUAAUUCAA